UAGUGAAGGGUGAGUAAAGGUGACUUCAUGUGAACAGUUACAUACAGGCAGGAGUCAGUAGCUCUAGAGAUUUAUUGCAGUUACAAGAAUUAAUUCCCACACUGCCUGUACUUUAACGCCGUGUGGUGAGGCUAACGAAGGCUAGCAAGCGAGCUAACGUUAGCGUGUAACCAAGAGCUAACAUCAGUACCGGGUUAGAGAGGAAACUCGAGGAGGAUGAGCAGCUCAGAGGAGGUGUCCUGGAUAUCCUGGUUUUGUGGACUGAGGGGGAAUGAGUUCUUCUGUGAGGUUGAUGAAGACUACAUACAAGACAAGUUUAAUCUGACAGGUUUGAAUGAGCAGGUGCCUCACUAUCGCCAGGCUUUGGACAUGAUUCUUGACCUGGAGCCAGAUGAGGAACUUGAAGAUAACCCCAAUCAGAGUGACUUGAUAGAGCAGGCGGCAGAGAUGCUCUAUGGGCUCAUACAUGCGCGUUACAUCCUCACAAACAGAGGCAUUGCACAGAUGUUGGAAAAGUAUCAACAAGGGGAUUUUGGCUAUUGCCCCAGAGUUUAUUGUGAGAAUCAGCCAAUGCUUCCUAUUGGGUUGUCAGACAUCCCCGGAGAAGCAAUGGUGAAGCUGUAUUGCCCAAAGUGCAUGGAUGUUUACACCCCCAAAUCUUCCAGACACCACCACACAGAUGGAGCUUAUUUUGGGACUGGGUUCCCUCACAUGCUGUUCAUGGUGCACCCAGAGUAUCGUCCAAAGCGACCAGCUAACCAGUUUGUGCCAAGGCUGUAUGGUUUCAAAAUUCACCCAAUGGCUUAUCAACUUCAGCUUCAGGCCGCAUCGAGUUUCAAGAGCCCGGUCAAGACAAUUCGCUAGAACUCUGCUUCGAGGAUCGCAGUGGACUGAAAGACUUUGUUGUUUACUACUUGUUUGAAGCAGUGGAUUAUAUAAUCUCAGUGAAUGCUGCACAGUUCCCCAAACUCAUCUCUGUGUUGAUAGACACUUCAGACGUUUCCUGUCUUACUAUUACAGUCGAGCAGGUUAGUUUUUCUUUAUCAAAUGUGUCACUUAUUUCCAAAGGGCCAGUCUGAUACAGUCUCCACCGUUAACUGAUGUCAGUCCAUCUUUCCACGUCUCCUAAAUAGAAAAGUGGCUUUAAGGCUGAUAGUGAAAGCCGCACUGUGUAGAAUGUAACAGGAAAUCUUGCCACCAGCCCCUGACAAGCUUGCCUUAGUGAUACAGUCAGUCAGUUCCACUUUUGAAAGUUAACAUUUAAUUGCAUCACACCGUUAACCUCUGUUGCAGAAUAGAUUUUGGAACAUGGAUAAGAUUUUAUUCUGUAUAAAUGAAGGAUUUUAUUUGAAAAUGGCAAUAUACCGUAUGUAAAUGUGUUCAGGUGCUAUACCCAAGAAAAAGUACAUACCAAAUUAGAUUGAGAAAGUGAGAACUUCUAUUAAAAACUGAUCAGUCUUUUUCUGUGACAGUAUUGUCCCUGAUAA